AUGGCGGUGACGGACGCACUCUUUACAGUCGCCCUCUCCGUGUUAUUACCUCCUUUCUUGCUCGUUCUUGUGACAGUUCUCGUGCUCGCCAGUUUAGGAAAGUCCUUGGGCCUCAGGCAGAAAUAUGUGCAAUUUUUGUUAAAGGUUUUCGAGGAUGGCAACAGGAUUCUAGUGAAAAAGUUCGGGCGGCAGCGGCUGGCCCAGAAGGAGCAGCAGCAGGCGGACCCUUCAUCCACGGACGUCAUCUCGAGGGACAAGCUCAUCCUCAGACCGCUGCUGGAUAAGGAUAACAAUGAAAGAUUGGAUGAUACACAUGAAUUUGGCUUGGGUGACUGCCUGGACUAUAUCCGCACAGGCAUGGAAGCCAUUGUGGAUGAUGAAGUGACAAAGAGGUUCUCUGCUGAGGAACUGACUUCAUGGAACUUCCUCACACGGACGAACUGCCAGUAUGAAUUUAUCAGUGUGCGGCUCACCAUCUUCUGGGUGGUGGGCUUCAUCCUUCGGUACUUCCUCCUCCUGCCAUUGCGAAUCCUUAUCCUCAUUAUUGGGGUGGUGCAGAUGGUGGUUUUGACCUUAAUACUUGGACUGCUGCCUGAAGGUUCAGUGAAGCGUUGGAUGUCCAAGCAGGUGUUCCUUGCAUCAUUCCGCAUCAUAUCUCGUGCAUUUAGUGGUGUUAUAACAUACCACAAUCGUCAUAAUCGCCCACGAUCAGAUGGGAUUUGCGUGGCCAAUCACACUACACCAGUAGACUGUGUUGUCUUGGCCUGUGACAGCUGUUAUUCCUAUGUUGGACAGAGGCAUGGAGGUUUCCUAGGAAUAUUUCAGAGAGCGCUGUCAAGAGCCUCUGCCCACAUCUGGUUUGAACGGUCAGAAUCCAAGGACAGGUAUGCCGUAGCAAGGAGAUUACGAGAGCACGUUGAAGAUCCCGAGAAACUGCCAAUCCUGAUCUUCCCUGAGGGCACGUGCAUCAACAACACGUCAGUUAUGCAAUUCAAAAAGGGGACGUUUGAAGUGGGAGGCAUCAUUUACCCAGUGGCCAUUAAGUAUGAUCCAAGGUUUGGUGAUGCUUUUUGGAACUCUUCUCGGGACUCAAUGGUAAGCUAUAUCUACAUGAUGAUGACGUCGUGGGCUAUUGUAUGUGAUGUUUGGUACCUUCCACCAAUGACAAGAAAGGAAGGAGAAAGCUCCAUCGAAUUUGCCAAUCGUGUUAAAGCAGAAAUUGCACGUCAGGGCGGACUUGUUGAUCUUGUUUGGGAUGGCGGACUGAAACGCUCUGCUCCCAAGAAGGAGUGGAAGGAGCAGUACCAGCAGGAAUUCUCAAGGCGUCUUAAGGUUCAGAAUGUCAACACUGUAAAGAAAGAAGAGAAGACGGAAUGACUAGAGGAUGAAUUAGAAAGAAAGAAGGUCACAUAAAGCAUGAUGGAUGGUUCAGAAAGAUGCAAUGGCUUGGGAGCAAGGGUAGAAACAAGGGAGAAACAAGAUGGAGGAUAGGGAAUAGAGGAAUGAGAGAAUCAGUGUUGGUGUAACAGUGACUGGCGUCCGUUGUGUUUCACGCCAGGUGCUAACUGCACUCGUGAUCGCUCGUACUUACACGUUCACACAUUGUUACCUCCUUUUUUUUUUCUGGAUGAAGAGAGCAGUGAGAAGAAAGAGAAAAGACAAUGAAUUUUAGAGGAAAGAUUGGGUAGAAGAUUUAAGAGCUAGAAACUGGCAAUUUCAAGGAAAUUUUUGCGGAUAAAGUUUAUCAUUGUUUUCGUUCUUGGAAGUCAUUGGGGGAUAUAUCGAGUUUCUGUAUGUAUUUUUUGUUUGGUUGUUAGAGGAGGAAAAGGAGUAGUAUCACAGUGGUGGUGCUCUACUCCUAGUAGAAGAAUUUGCAGCAGAUGAAAGACUUGUUAUCUGCUCUCUGUCAGGUAUAUUACAUUUAGGUGUUUUAAUACUCAUAUGAAUGUCAUGCAUUUUUAGAGCCGUGAACUUUUUUGUUAUAUAGAAUGGUCUUGUUUCAGAGUGAUUGCAAAGAAUAACCAUAAACUAAAUUAUUGAUCCUGUUGGAUAUGUCAAAUAUUGAUUUAUUUUCCUCAUGCUUGGGUAGGAUAUCGGCACAAAUAACGCUGGAAGAUGACUACAAAGUUGCAAGUAUUCAAUAUUCUGUCCUUUAUGGCUAUACUUGAUGUUUGGUAUGUCAGGGAAAUAAAUGAGGUAUAUCAUUUGGUUUCUGGAAUGAGACUGAAUAUUGUUUAAGAUGACCAGUCAGUAGUAAAUGUUAUUUUCCUAUCCUUUUUCCCUAGAAGGGUCAAAGACUAGAUGAUUUCAGAUGCUUUUGUUGUAUCCUGGAAUUGCUCUUUUGUUAAAGGUGCAUAGGUGGUGAUUUGCUACAUAUGGUAGUAGUACCACCAGGACCAAUAAAUAGUAUCACCUUAGUAGCAUGUGUGAGGGUAUUUUGAAGAGGUUGUCCAAGUCUCAGUUAUGGUGUGUCUUAAUUUUUUUUUUCUGGUGUGUUUAUGUAUGUUUGCGCGCAUGAUCACAUGUGAAUGCAUUUGUAAAUUAUGUCAUAAAAGAAUUGUCCACUUAAUAGUAUGUGUUUUAAAUACAUGAAUCUGUGUUCCAUACAUACUGUACUUGUGUAAUAAUGUAAGCAUGCUUCUCACAUGGCAUUAACCUGUAUGGGGAAAAAAUGUUAGUGACAACAUA